AUGUCGACUACAGUGGAAAAAAUUAAAGCUAUUGAGGAUGAGAUGGCUCGUACGCAAAAGAAUAAAGCCACCUCAUUCCAUUUGGGUCAACUAAAGGCCAAAUUAGCCAAACUAAGAAGAGAAUUGUUGACAAAUGCUUCUGCAGGUAGCGGUGGUGGUGGUGGUGUUGGUUUCGAUGUGGCUAGGACUGGUGUUGCCUCAGUUGGGUUUGUUGGGUUCCCAUCUGUUGGUAAGUCCACACUGUUAUCCAAGUUGACUGGUACUGAAUCAGAAGCGGCUGAAUAUGAGUUCACUACUUUAGUGACAGUUCCAGGUGUGAUCCGUUAUAAGGGUGCUAAGAUCCAAAUGUUGGAUUUGCCUGGUAUUAUUGAUGGUGCUAAAGAUGGUCGUGGUCGUGGUAAACAAGUCAUUGCUGUAGCCAGAACAUGUAAUCUAUUGUUUAUUGUUUUGGAUGUCAAUAAACCAUUGCAUCAUAAACAGAUCAUAGAGAAGGAAUUGGAAGGUGUGGGGAUAAGAUUAAACAAGCAACCACCAGAUAUUAUCGUCAAGAAAAAAGAGAAAGGUGGUAUAUCUAUUACUAAUACGGUACCGUUGACUCACUUGGAUGCAGAUGAAAUUCGUGCUGUGAUGAAUGAAUAUAGAAUUAAUAGUGCUGAGAUUGCAAUUAGAUGUGAUGCCACGGUGGAUGAUUUGAUUGAUGUCCUAGAAGCACCAACAAGACGUUAUAUUCCAGCCAUUUAUGUGUUAAAUAAGAUUGAUUCCCUGUCCUUAGAAGAAUUAGAUUUAUUAUAUAGAAUUCCAAACGCUGUUCCAAUAUCAAGUGGGAAGGAAUGGAAUCUUGACGAAUUGUUACAAGUUAUGUGGGAGAAGUUGAACCUUGUGAGAGUUUACACCAAACCAAAGGGCAGAGUUCCAGAUUUCACUGAUCCGGUAGUUUUAAGAUCUGAUCGUUGCACAGUCCGUGAUUUUUGUAAUUCCAUUCAUAAGUCCUUAGUGGAUGAUUUUAGAAAUGCGUUAGUCUAUGGUACUAGUGUUAAACAUCAACCACAGUAUGUUGGUUUGAACCAUGUCUUAGAAGAUGAAGAUGUUGUAACCAUCUUAAAGAAAUAA